AAAAAAAAAAAAAAGAAUGAAGCUCACGGUUAAAACUCCGCCUUCUGGGGUCCCGGCUACACCCAGACCCACUCUCGGCGGACGCUUCUCAGUCCCGCCCCGUCCGGCAGGAGGCAGCGGACCGCAGUCCGGGCGCAGAGCCGGCGCCGAAAGCCCGGCAGAAGGAGCCAGCGGUUUGGAGCUUCCGGGUCCGGAGCCCGUGCGGGACACGCCCAGCAGAGGCGGGGGGGCGGGCCGUGCGCCGCGGGGAAGGCGCCGCCCGGAACCGGCAGGCCCUGCCCAGCGCCGCGAGGUACCGCGCAGAAUCGGGAGGCGCUGGCCGCCGGGACCGCUUCCCGAUACCAGUAGAAUUGCAACCUUGCCAAUGGACCUGAUUGGUUUCGGUUAUGCGGCCCUUGUGACAUUUGGAAGCAUCUUGGGAUAUAAGCGGAGAGGCGGUGUUCCAUCUUUGAUCGCUGGUCUUUUUAUUGGAUUUUUGGCUGGCUAUGGAGCCUACCGUGUCUCCAAUGACAAGCGAGAUGUCAAACUGUCACUGUUUACAGCUUUCUUCCUGGCCACCAUAAUGGGUGUGAGGUAUAAGAGAUCAAAGAAAAUCAUGCCAGCUGGGCUGGUUGCAGGCUUAAGCCUCAUGAUGAUUCUGAGACUUGUCUUAUUGUUGCUCUGAGAAUCCAAAGGAACUGAAGACUAAAGCCAUGUGAUUCUACGGGCAGAGCAUACACUUUGUAUUUAAAAGAUAAGCUUCAACGUGGAAUGUUAAGUGUCUUAUUUUACGUUAGAAACAACAGAAAUGCUCCAAAAUAAACACUAGUUUGAGGGAUUUUUUUUUUAAACCAAAAACUCGACUGUUUUCUACUUGUCAAAUAAUGAUUUUGUUAAAGAUACUUAAUAAAUCAUUAUACACGCUUUC